UUCUCCUCCCACCACCCACCAAAACAUGGGGUCCAAGAUCUUCUGUUGCUGUAAGGCUGGCGAGGGCUCUUCUACCACUGUUGGCUUCCGCAGUCCAAGGGUGUUCCAACAGCAUCAUCCACGGUCCUUCAAUCUGAACACAAAUUCUCUCCAUAGUGCUGUGCCAAACAGACAUUCACGCCUCCCCUAUGACACCCGCAUGAUGCUCAAAGCAUGCACCCUUAGGAGGCCCUGAGCAUUCUAGCCGGCAGCACCCAUGCGGGUUCUCAAGGCUGCACAGCUGCUGGGCGUCUCCAUGAGCAGUGGACAGGAGUCAUGAAGACUGAUUCAGAAACUCCCCUGCAAGAGGAGAAGACGUCUGAGCCAUCCCUGUGCCACCAGCAAGAGUCACUCCAGCUUCUGAAAAAGCCACCGUGGGGGGAGCUGCUUCCAAUUAAAGUCCUUGGUCACAUCA